AUGAAGUCUUUAAUUUCUCAAACACCUAAUCAAAUGAUUUAUGCUGAGAAUGCUGGUUAUAUUGACUAUGAUGAUGCUAGUAGAGUAACUAAUGAUCAUGGAUAUUUUGAUGUAAAUGUACCGCUAAAUAUGAUUCUUGGAUUUGCUGAAGACUAUCGAAAGAUUGUUGUAAAUGCAAAACAUGAACUUAUUUUAACAAGAUCUCGUACAGAUCUUAAUGCUAUAGUUAAUAUUCAAGGAUUAGAACGAGAAGAAUUUAAAAUUGUAAUAAAUAAAGUUGAAUGGAUGAUUCCAUAUCUAUUUGUUGGUGAUCGACAGAAAAUUAAAUUGUUAAAAUUCACUGAAAAAGAUUCACCAAUAACAAUGAGUUUUAGAUCAUGGGAUUUGUAUGAAUAUCCUAUGAUUCCUGCUACUCAAAAACAUGUAUGGACUGUAAAAACAUCAACACAAAUUGAAAAAUCUCGAUAUGUUAUCCUUGGUCUUCAAACAAAUCGAAAAGAAAAUCGAGCAAGAUAUUCAAACUUUUUUGAUACUUGUAAUUUAAAUAAUGUUAAACUUUUGUUAAAUUCACAAUACUAUCCUUAUGGUAAUUUGAAUUUAAAUUUUAAUCAGGGUCAGUAUUCUGUUCUCUAUGAGAUGUAUUGUAAUUUUCAACAUUCAUACUAUGGAAAAGAUCCUGAACCUUUGUUAGCAAAACAUAGCUUUCAAGAGUAUGAACCAUUGACUGUUAUCGAUUGUUCAAAACAAAAUGAAUUUCUAAAACAAGCAUCUGUAGAUGUUCGACUGGAAUUUGAAGCAAGUGAUAACUUUCCCGCCAAUACAGCUGCCUACUGCUUAAUUAUUCACGACCGUAUCAUUCAGUACACACCAAUUAGCGGUAUUGUUAAAAAAGUAUCAUGA